UAAAACUUGUAAUGGUGCCAUCCCACAUAAUUGAAUAAUAACUAUACCAAGUACAUAUUUUUUAGGACAUUCUAACAAUUACACCGUUUAUUUAAAUACAAUAAAAAAUUGAGAUUACAUAUUAAUAUUAGUGAUUAACAAGUUUGAAUUCGCUAAAAAGAGUGCAGAUAAGCGAAUACAGCGGAUUGCAAACUUAUCAAUGACAGGCGCAUUCAAAGACACGAAGUUAGUCGCGCUGCGGACAACGAAGCGAGUUGACGUCCGAACAGUUAAUCAUCAGAUUACGUCACGCCUUUGUGGUCGGGUUUUUCACGACCGUCACAGAGAUCGGUAAACAGUCUGUGUGGACAAUGUGGAACGACGGAGAUCCUCGGCGCGAGCUGCCCGGCCACGAGGUGGCCAUGGGCCGGUCGCCCGGCGCCGAGGUGGUGGUGCUGGACGACCGGGUGAUCGAGGCGGCGUCGCGCGCGCAGCCAGGCGUCACCAACAUCAACGUCACCAAGUCCUCGCGCCUGCACAUCGGGCCCAAGUUUGUGUCGGUCACCCAGAACAUCGACAACACCGAGGUGGUCAAAGACUUACCAUUGCCUCGUUACUUAUGGGACAUAGCAAAAAGUACAACGAGAGCAGAAAGACUUUCCUGCGCGGCCGCCAUUGUAGUUCUGGCUGUCUGCAUCAUUUUAAUUGUUUACUUCACCGUCGUUGCUAAGAAGAAUGCCAAUAAAGUGGUAGACAUCGCUCCACAUGAAUGGUACAUCACAAGAAAAAUGUGGCUGGCACCAGCAUUUCUAAAUGACGAUGACGCCACCGACUUUACUCCCGUGAAACUAGUCAUCAUCGCUCACACUGUCAGCCCUGAGUGCAAUCUCUUCGUGAACUGUGCAGCUGAGAUGGUCAACCUUCAGUCUUACUUUACCAACAGUUAUAAUUACGAUAUUCCAUACAACUUCGUCAUAGGGAAUGAGGGAAGAGUUUAUGAAGGACGCGGUUGGAAGAUUAUAGGUGCACACACCAUUGGAUACAAUCGUUGCUCCCUUGGCGUAGCGUUUAUAGGUGACUACCGCGAGGGUUUACCAUCGUAUUCAAAAGUGACAGAACUACAACUCCAGAGAGCAUUAAUGUUGCUCGAAAAGGGUGUUGAGCAUGGAUAUUUGGACAAGGACUACCGUGUCGUCGGAGCUAAAGAUCUGCGAUCUUCUUACAGUCCUGGGGCCAAUCUAUACAAACAGAUACAAAAAUGGCCUCAUUACGCCCAUAAUAACACUUUUAAAGGCAUGACUUGUGAAGAAAUUUAUAACAGGGCGCCACCAACCACAACUUCUACCCUCAGAACUAUACUGGAUUCAGAUGUAAAUGAGACGACCACACUGUUAUGAGACAGAGCGACUUAGAUAACGAACGAUGUUUGAAUCUAUACAAUAUUUAAGAGAUGUCUGUACACGU